UUUCCAUGCCGCCUAGUCAUCGGUCGCUUUUUCACCUAUUGCCCUCUUUCUCACGAGUUUCACGGGAAGUGAAAGGGAAACAAAGGAAGGAGAAAAGAAACCGAAGGAAAAAAUUGUCACAUUUUUCUUGGGAAAAUCUUUGAAUAAGUUUUGUCUAUUACUUUUCAUCUAUAUUGAGAGCAAAAGCUUUGCACUUGGAGGAUUCCGAGCUUCCUAGCCCGUAGAAAUAUUUGGCUUCACCCUCUCGUGGUUUCUUUUAGUUUCUCAUUUCCUGCAAUUUCGAGGCACGGCCGUUCCGUCCAGUCCCCAAGUUCUGCUGCAGAAUCAGUGCCUAACUUUCAUCUCCUUCAAUAAUUUUGUUGAUCUUGUACCAAUCAUUCUAGUUCUCGUCGUUUGGAUUGCUGUUUUUGUUGAAUUUGCAAGAGAAAGAGAGAUUCGUCAGGUGUCAUAGGUCCGGUUUUUCAGCCGUUCGGUUCAGAACUCUUAUCAAUUUGUGAAAUUUGUGACUGCACUUGGGGAAGAUUUUCGCGAAAAUGACGAUAGAGUCCUUACCGGGGAGCUCUGGGUACUUGGACUUGUACCCGGAGAGGAAAAUGUCUUAUUUCAAGAACCCCUAUGUGCUGGGAUUGACUGUUACCGCCGGAAUAGGUGGAUUGCUCUUCGGCUACGACACAGGUGUGAUAUCUGGGGCUCUUCUGUAUAUUAAAGAUGAUUUUGAGGUGGUGAAAGAGAGUAGUUUCUUACAGGAAACAAUUGUCAGCAUGGCAUUGGUUGGUGCAAUUAUUGGAGCGGCAGCAGGGGGUUGGAUAAAUGAUUAUUAUGGACGUAAGAAGGCUACUCUUAUUGCAGACGUAGUGUUUGCUCUUGGAUCAGUUGUCAUGGCUGCUGCACCAGAUCCAUAUGUUCUUAUAUUUGGACGGCUUCUUGCUGGCCUGGGUAUUGGUGUAGCAUCUGUCACUGCUCCUGUAUAUAUUGCAGAAGCAUCACCAUCAGAAAUAAGGGGAGGACUAGUGAGCACAAAUGUGCUUAUGAUAACUGGUGGACAAUUUAUUUCCUACCUUGUAAAUCUUGCUUUUACGGAGGUCCCUGGGACAUGGCGAUGGAUGCUUGGAGUUUCAGGUAUCCCAGCUGUCAUUCAGUUCUCUCUUAUGCUUUUUAUGCCAGAGUCCCCCCGAUGGCUUUUUAUGAAGGAUGAUAGAUCUAAAGCUAUUGACGUGCUUUCUAAAAUUUACAACUUCGCUCGCUUAGAGGAUGAAAUUGACUACCUUACUGCUCAAUUAGAGCAAGAACUCCAGAAUCGGAGUAAAGUCAGAUACUUGGAUGUUUUUAAAACAAAAGAAAUCAGGCUUGCGUUUCUGGCUGGGGCUGGACUACAGGCAUUUCAGCAGUUUACUGGUAUCAACACAGUCAUGUACUACAGCCCAACAAUUGUCCAGAUGGCCGGCUUCGAAUCCAAUCAGUUGGCUCUUCUCCUGUCCCUCAUUGUUGCUGGUAUGAAUGCUGCUGGGACAAUUCUAGGCAUUUACCUUAUUGACCAUGUUGGACGGACAAAGUUGGCCCUCGCAAGCUUAUCUGGUGUAUUUGUAUCCCUUCUCAUCCUUUCUGGAGCAUUUUUUGCUGAAUCAUCAAAUUCUACAAAUGCACUCUAUGGAUGGAUUGCAGUUUUAGGGUUAGCUCUCUACAUUGGUUUCUUCUCACCUGGGAUGGGGCCUGUGCCUUGGACUGUGAACUCAGAGAUAUAUCCUGAAGCCUAUCGUGGAAUGUGUGGGGGUAUGGCAGCUACCGUGAAUUGGAUUUCGAAUCUAAUCGUGGCUCAGAGUUUUCUUUCACUUGCUGAAGCUGCCGGGACUGGUGCGACUUUCUUGAUUCUUGCUGGCAUAGCUGCAGUUGCAUUCGUAUUUGUGAUUGUGUAUGUACCGGAAACACAGGGAUUGACAUUUGAGGAAGUGGAGAAAAUCUGGAAGGAGAGGGCAUGGGGCAGAGAUCGUCAAGAUGCAGAAAGACUUCUUGAGCAGGGUAAUGAAUCAUAGGUAUGGCAUCCGUUUUGCUUGUUUUAAUAUAAGUGGUCCUACCCUGUAUCCUGUCAAAGACAACUCGACUAGUUAAACCAUAUUCACAUAUAUGGUUAUACAUUAAAAUGAGCUUAUGACUUGGAACCAGUUCCAUGCAGCCUCUAGCCUUAUAUGUAUUCUAGGGGCACCAUUGGCUGGGCAGACUUGCAUUUCGGCUCUUUUUGAGAUCUAGCCAGAAUGAAACUGCCCUGGGUUUGUGUGCUCUGUCUUUA